UUCGAGGGAACUGAGAUUGAGAGACGAGCUGUACCGAGUCAUGGCGAAAGAGCGGGAUAAUGGAGAAAGCCUCAUCAUCGUACUCGAUCGCAAGAAGCUUGAAGAGAUCAUGUGGAGGGUCGGGCUGAGGAGCGCGUCGGACUAUGACGAGGAGCAGUCGAGGCUGUCGAUGGAGCUCAGAGAACAAGCGGGCACCGGGGGCCUAGUCGCCGUCUCCAACGUAAACAACCUAAUCUCCCUUCUUUCCUACUCGAAGUCAUUGAUGUUUCGCGAUGACCAGGCUCAGCCUCGGCCACCUGCGUCGCUGCGCAGAGUUCUCAACCGAUCAUCGUCUUGGUCCGUGUCAUCGUCGCCUUCAUUCAAUUCCAUGGUCUUAAACAUCCCUGACGAGUUUCGCUGCCCGAUAACCCUCGACCUGAUGAAAGACCCUGUGAUCGUCGCCUCCGGACACACCUACGACCGAUCAUCGAUUGGACGGUGGAUCAACUCGGGGCACCACACGUGCCCGAAGAGCGGCCAGAAGCUCAUACACAUGGCCUUGAUUCCAAAUUAUGCCAUCAAGAGCUUGAUAUCUCAAUGGUGCAAAGAGAACAACAUUCCAUCCACAUUUUGGGAGGCCAAGGAAAACGCCAGCAACGCCCACGCCGUAGUCGAUCACAUAUCAGCGGUGAAAGCGGCGACCGAGGCGGUCAGAAUGACUGCCGAGUUCUUAGUCGGAAAGCUCGCGAUGGGGUCGCCGGAGAUCCAGCGGCAAGCCGCCUACGAGCUGCGACUGCUCGCUCUGCGAUCUCUAACUUUGGGCAUUCAGCUUUCCAGAUGUGCAUGA